UUUCCAGUAUGUAUCUAAACCCCCCCUCUCAGCCUCUCUGGCUCUCCCUCCUUUACAGUCUGUGUCUAACCCCCCUCCCCUCCCUGCUCUCCUCUUUCCGUUCGUGACGGAGAUAAUCUCUCCCUGAUGCUGAUGGUUUGGGCCUGUGCAUGAUGUUGUUCAUCCAGCCGCCAUCAUUCCACGGAGAGAAACAGAGAGUCUCGCUUUUCAAAUGGUCUAUUUCUCCAUCACUCCCUCGUUCGUUCGGGACCAGAUCCUCUCGUAAUCUAAAUCUGGUCUGAUUUCUGGUUGGUCGAUCUACAUUAAGGGGACGGAACCACAGCAGUCUGCUGCUAGCAGCGGAAAGUACUUAUGGCGAUGACCCCCCACACCGCUGAGGUAGCUCGUCUCUACCAGACAGAGUUUAUCCGUAGCGCCCGGGCGGUGGGCGUCCUCUGGGCUGUGUGUACCCUCUGCUUCGCCAUCAUCGAGGUUGUCAUCCUAAUACAGCCCUCCUGGGUGGGCACCAGAGAGGUUCACUACCAGGGAGGGGGCCCCGUGCCAAAGACUGGUACCCUGGGACUGUUCGAGGUGUGUGUGGAGUCUGAUUGGCCGGUCCCAGAGUGUCGUGGCUCACUGAGCACUCUGACCCCUCUCCCAGCCUUCCAGUCCCCUGCUGUGCUGGUUUGCAUGUCCCUGACCAUGGUCUGGAGUAGCGUCGGCUGCCUCUCCCUCUUCAGAUUCUGCAACGCCGCCACCGUCUACAAGAUCUGCGCUUGGCUGCAGCUUACUGCAGGGUUCUGCCUGGCUCUCGCCUGUGUGCUGUUCCCUGACUCGUGGGAUUGUGCGGACAUGCGGGACCUGUGUGGUGAUGGGGUGACCAGUUUCUCCUCCGGAAACUGCUCUGUCCACUGGGCCUUUGUCCUGGCCUUGUUGGGGGUCCUGGAUGCUGCCAUUCUUGCCACUCUGGCCUUUGUACUGGGCAACCGACAAGAUGCUCUGCUGCCAGAGGACACCAAGGAUGAACCCUCUGACUCCUCCCCCUUGGUAUUACAUCACUAUGCAUAUCCUGGUUACAUAAUGUCCCUGCAUGGAAACGGUCACCUGGCAACAGUAGACCUGGAGCUGUGUUCUACUACCUGAGACUGAAGACAAUGAUCUCCUGGAUGUUUUAAACCCUUGAGAGGCUACCGGUCCUGGACUACGAAGGAGGGAAGAUGGUGACACACCGAGAUAUAGGACAUUAGUGCUGUUACAGUUCAUUUAUGACAGAUUAUAUACAGAUAUAUUUCUCAAUGUUCAGUGUUUGAGGGACAGUGUUUUGUAGGCUUGUAGGAAUGAUGUUUUUAAUGUUGUUUGUCCCCUUUAAUAUGAGAGAAUAUUUUUGCCUUAUUUCCAUAUCCCCCGCCUGAGGGAGGCUAGAUGUGAUGAGGAUGCUUGAGAAAAGCUUUCUUGUAAAGUUUUCGUGUCUUAGAAAAAUUCCAUGAACUUUAUAGAAUAGUAUAACCUUCUUCUUUUUUUAUCGGUGUAAAUAAACGUUUUUUUUGUAUUAAAUACCUUUUUAUUUAUACUGAGCCUGAUAUUGAGUAAUUUGUCAAAUUCUGUUAUUGUGUGCAUGUUUUACUGUAGUGCCAUUUCCAGUAAAUGUGUGAGAUAUUGUA